AUGCAACAGGACACAACAAAUGGAAUGUCAUGCACAAGUGAAGCUGUAAAUCAGAGCAUAAACAGCAGGGAACAAGAUCAAAUGCUGACAGAAGAAGAGAUUGAUGCAUUCAUUGAGUCAGAACAGAGAGCUGCUAGAGAGGGAAACAAUGCAGACUGUAAUAGCAGAUAUACACCUCAAUUGGGGAUGGAAUUUGAAAGCCGAGAAGAUGCCCACCAUUUCUUCCACUUCUAUGGAUUCCUAGCAGGAUUUGAAAUAGUGAACACACAUACAAGUAGAACCACAGACAAGAAAAGGAACAAUGAAAUCUUCAAAGUUGAAAUGAAAUGCCAAUCCUAUGGCAAAGCUAGAAAGAAGAAAACUAAAGGAGAUGUGGAAGAAGUAAUAGACAUACAGACAAAAAAGAAGGAUAAAGGACCUAUGAGGAAAACAAAUGUACAGAUCAAAACAGACUGCCCAGUGGUGAUGGUGGUGAAGGAAGAAAAAGGAAAAUGGAAAGUAAUCAGAUUGGAGCUAGACCACAACCAUCCACUAGAUCUAGGAAACAGACAGCAGUUAUUCAGUGGACACAAGUACAUGUCUGAAAUGGAGAAGGAAUUAAUUAGAACUCUAAAUGACAACAACAUCCCUACUAGAAAAAUGAUUUCCAUACUAUCCUAUCUGAGAGGAGGUGUCACAGCUCUACCAUACAAGAAGAAAGAUGUAGCAAAUUUCAGAACUAAGUUAAACAGAACAAUCACUGGAUCAGACAUGAAGCAGGCACUAGACUACUUUAGAGAAAAGAAAGCAAAGGACCCAAGCUUCUUCUACAAGUUUGAUGUGGAUGAAAAUCUCAGAGUAAAAAACAUUUUCUGGAGAGAUGCAGACUCAAUGAAAUACUAUGCAGAAUAUGGAGACUGUGUGAGCUUCGACACAACAUACAUGACAAACAAGUACAACCUACCCUUUGCACCAUUUGUAGGAGUGACAGGACAUGGACAUACAUGUUUCUUUGCAUGUGCAUUCAUAUGCGAUGAAACAAUAGAAACAUUCAAAUGGUUAUUCGAAGCAUUCAUAGAAGGAAUGGGUGGAAAGCAUCCAAUGACAAUUAUAACUGAUCAAGAUGCAGCAAUGAAAGCAGCUAUAGAACAAGUGUUCCUUGAUACAAAGCACAGAAAUUGUUUAUUCCACAUUAAAAAAAUGCUACAACAAAAAUUUGAAAUGCUUUGCAAGCAAUGA